AUGGUGCGGCAGCCACCGCCGCCUGGACUACCAAAGGCUGCCAGUAAUGAAGAAGGGAGCGCACAGGUUGCACCCUUCAAAUUCCUGGUUCCACGAGAUGACCAGAAUAUGCAGAUUAUUGGUGGCAAAAUUAGCCGCACAUUCUACCCGAGAAGGUGUAGAAGGAAGAGGCCAUAUUCAGACAUAGACUCUCUGUCCGAUGAGUUGUUGAUGGAAGUUCUUGCUCACAUCUCAGGCCCAGAUAUUUAUGGGGCAAGGCUUGUUUGCCGCAAAUGGUACCAUAUCAUUCACACCUGUGGUUUCAUGCGCUUCUACUUACAGCACGCCACUUAUGGGCUACUAUUCAAAUGUUCAAUUCUGGGGUCAUAUUUAAUGCUCCCACAAGGAAGGGUCCGAGUCGAGAUUACUAAGUUGAGGUACAAACGCAGGCGCAUUGUCACGAGUACUUGUAAUGGAUUGUGGUCAGAGAAUCAGUUAGGCAAUUGGGAUAAUCUGUAUGUCAUGAAUCCCACAACGGGCCAAGUCGUUCUUCUCCCUCCACUUGUCAACCGUGUCCAAACUGGAUUUCAUGCAAUUGGGUAUGUACCGGCUUCCAUGGAGUAUAAAGCAGUUAUAUUUUGGCCUGCUUCAGUAAUUGAAAAGAGGAUGUAUUUUUAUAUAUUAAAUGUUGGAGUUGAUAAAUCAUGGAGGAAAGUUGAAUACGAGUCCACAACACCGUUUCGAAAGCAUCACUUUAUGAUUUCUGAAGGUUUCAUGCAUUGGACUCAUCCCCCUACCAACCAAGUCUUGACUGUGAAUCUGGAGACUGAAACUUUUACAGAGACCCCUGGCCCUAUCCCUGUAGCUGGAACUGGGAGUGUAAACAAUAUUUACCUGUCGACCGGAAGGUAUCUGUCGUUAUUGCGUCGUUCUGGGGAUUAUUCGUGGGAGAUUUGGGAGAUGAGUCGACCCGAAAGGGGGGAAUGGAGAAAGAAGGCAGAUCUUUCAUUGGAGGCUCACAAGGGAAGAUUCAAACAAUUAGGUCUCCGACAUUAUGAGUUUUUAAUCCCAGUUGGUUGGGUCAAGUAUUCAGAGUUGUUGGCCCUGAAAUCUGAUGAUAAGAAGCACCGGACUGGUGUUUUUUUAUACAAUCUUAUUACGCAAGAAUUCGAUAAAAUCGAGUUACCUUUCUACAUUUCUAUGAGCAAACCUAUGGUGUAUAAGAGUAGUUUGGAGUGGUUGGAUGCUGCAGUAUAG